GGAGGGGGAGGGAAGGGGGGAUUUGCAGAGGGCCGCCAAAAUAGGAAUCUGCAUCUCCCGCCCGCCGGAGGCCCGCGGCGGCGGGUCCUCGUCGGCGGCGCUGCGGCGGCGGCUCUCCUCGCCGCAGCACCACCCGCCGGCGCCGUCGUCGACCCCGCCGCCGCUGCUCCUCCCGGAUCCGAAGAUGAAGGGGAUCUUCAAGAACAAGCCCCGCACCCCGGCGGACGUCGUCCGGCAGGCGCGGGAGCUCCUCGUCUACGUCGAUCGCGGCGCCGCCGCCGCCGAGCCCCGCGAGACCAAGCGCGACGAGAAGAUGGACGAGUUGUACAGAAAUUUAAGGGAGAUGAAGUCGAUUCUUUAUGGAGAUAGUGAAUCCGAGCCAGUCGCAGAAGCAUGUGCCCAGUUGACACAAGAGUUCUUCAGAGAAGACGCACUGAGGCUAGUCAUUCUUUGCCUUCCAAAGUUAAAGUUGGAGGCUCGAAAAGAUGCCACUCAGAUUGUUGCAAAUCUUCAAAGGCAGCAAGUUCAGUCACGAUUGAUUGCGUCUGAUUAUUUGGAAGCAAACUUCGAUCUUUUAGAUAUCCUGGUAGCAGGUUAUGAUGACACAGAAAUGGCUCUGCACUAUGGUGCAAUGCUGAGGGAGUGCAUUCGUCACCAGACUGUUGCAAGGUACGUGUUAGAAUCUGAGCAUGUGAAGAAGUUUUUCGACUAUAUACAGCUUCCAAAUUUCGAUAUUGCCGCAGAUGCUGCUGCAACGUUCAAGGAACUGUUGACCAGGCAUAAAUCUACUGUAGCUGAAUUCCUGACCAAAAAUUAUGACUGGUUUUUUGCUGAUUAUAACUCCAAGCUAUUGCAAUCUUCCAAUUACAUUACCAGAAGACAAGCUAUCAAGCUUCUAGGGGAUAUUUUGCUGGAUCGUUCUAACUCAGCUGUCAUGUCACGUUAUGUGAGCUCGAAGGAUAAUUUGAUGAUUCUCAUGAAUCUUCUCAGGGAGACGAGCAAAAGCAUACAGAUGGAAGCAUUUCACGUCUUCAAGGUAUUAUAUGCCACUUUUGCUGCUAACCAAAACAAGCCUCCUGGAAUUGUCAGCAUACUCGUCGCAAACCGAAGUAAGCUCCUUCGGUUAUUUGCGGAUUUCAAGUUUGACAAAGAAAAUGAACAGUUCGAGGCGGACAAAGCUCAAGUCGUGAGAGAAAUUGCUGCCCUCGAGCCGCAGACAUGAGAUCAGAUCCAUCCUUGUUUUCUCCUUACAUCCGGGUCAGGUCUUCAUGUUUUGUGGUCACGGUCCUUGGCCUUCUCUCCUGUAUUUGCUUGCCAAGCUUUCCCAUGAUGUGAAAUCACGCACACUUGAUUGUAAAUUAUCUCCCCCCACAAAAAUAAAAUCCUAUGAAAAGAAGGGGGGUUUUCCUAAGAUCUCCAGCUGGUCC